AAUCCAGGGCCUGGUGGUGUGCUAUCUUUGCUCAUUUGUCUAAAUUAGCCUUGAUUGAGCUGUUAACAGUAAACCCUUCUGGAUUAGCCAUCGCUAGUGAGGUGUCUAUGCAAACACAUGGAUAAAGAUCCCACUGGUCAACAUGAACAAGCUUCUGGUCAUCACUCUGCUCGUCGGUCUCCUGUCCUUCGGGACCCAGGGAUUCCGCAUGCCAAGGCAGGCUGAGGAGGCUCCGGAGGAGGCCCCUGAGGCGCCAGUCGCCGAGGAGGUGGCCCCCGACGUCCCCGAGGAGGCCCCGGAGGCCCCGGCCCCCGAGGAGGUGGCCCCGGAGGAAGCCGCCGAAACCGCGCCUGAGCACCACGGACCCGACGCCCCCGAGGCGAGCGAGGAGGCCGGCCCCCUGACCUACGUCACCGACACCAUCCGCAACGUCUGGGACAAGACCGUGGACACCGCCGGCACCUGGAUCGAGACCGUCAAGGGCCUGAAGCUGGAGGAGAAGGCCAAGGCCCUGUAUGAUGAGACCACCGGCGCCAUCCACACCUACGCAGGCAUCCUGCAGGACCAGGCCUACCAUCUCAUCUACCCCUCCCAGUAAACACAGCACCACCCCCCCACCCCCCCCCCCC